UUAUCAGGAAACAAUUAUUGAACACAAAUUUUGAGCGCCAUCACCCUGCAAGAUUAAAGUUAGCUCCUUUCCUUUCACUUGCAUCUCUUAACCAUGGAAGCCUUAUCCUUUCAAUUUCUUCUGUUACUUUUCUUUCUUUCGUUCUGUUUCUACCUCUACCUUCUUUACAUUUUACAGAACAAAAACAACAAAGGCUUCAAAAUCUAUCCUCUUGUAGGAGCUCUACCGGAUUUCCUGAGAAACCGCCACCGGUUUCUCGACUGGACUACUGAAAUACUCGGCCAAUGCCCCACCAAUACGGCCGUCUUCCACCGUCCUGGCAAAGUCCAUGGAGUCAUCACAGCAAAUCCUUUAAACGUUGAGUAUAUUCUCAAGACUAACUUUGACAACUACCCAAAAGGCGACCGGUUCAUAUACCUUCUUGAAGAUUUCCUCGGCCAAGGAAUCUUUAACUCCGAUGGGGACCUGUGGAGAGUCCAAAGAAAGACUGCAAGCUACGAGUUCAACACCAAAUCACUGCGAAAUUUCGCUAUGGAUAAUGUCAGAAUUGAGAUUUCAAAUAGAUUGUUCCCAAUCCUUUCAAGAGCCUCGAAAAAGAACCAAGUACUGGAUUUACAAGAUGUGUUAGAGAGGUUUGCGUUUGAUAACAUAUGUAAACUUGCUUUUAACGUGGAUCCUGGCUGUCUCGGCGGCGAUGGAACCGCCGGCGGUGAGUUUAUGCGUGCCUUUGAAGUAGCUGCCACGCUAAGUUCAGAAAGAUUCAUGUAUGCCCUUCCACUCUUAUUGAAAAUCUGUAAAUUCUUUAACUUGGGAACAGAGAGAGCACUCAAACGAUCAAUUAAGAUCGUUCAUCAAUUUGCAGAUGAGAUUAUACAAUCAAGAAUGGAACAAGGGACAGAUAAUAAAGACGAAGAUUUACUCUCCCGUUUCAUUGGAAACGAUGAUAAUUCAAAAGAAUUUCUCCGAGAUAUUAUCAUAAGCUUCAUUCUUGCAGGCCGAGACACCACAUCUUCAGCUUUGAGCUGGUUCUUUUGGCAAUUAUCAUUGAACCCACAAGUAGAAAGAAACAUAUUAUACGAGCUUGAAGCCAUUGGAGCACGAAAAGGUAAAAAUAUAGGCGACGCUUAUAGUUUGGAAGAACUACGAGACAUGCAUUAUUUACACGCAGCAAUUUCAGAGACAUUAAGAUUGUAUCCACCGGUGCCUGUAGAUACCAAAGCUUGUAAGAGAGAUGAUUGUUUUCCGGACGGUACAUUUGUCGGAAAAGAUUGGUUUGUUACCUACCAUACAUAUGCAAUGGGGAGGAUGGAGAGCAUAUGGGGCAAGGAUUGCAGAGAGUUUGUGCCUGAAAGGUGGCUGCAAGAGGAUGGGAUUUGCAGACAAGAGAGCCCAUUUAAGUUCCCGGCGUUUCAUGCUGGACCAAGAAUGUGUCUUGGGAAAGACAUGGCUUAUAUACAAAUGAAAUCCAUAGCAGCAGCUGUGAUAGAGAGGUUUAAGAUUGAUGUACAGAACAAAGAGAAGUGUCCAGAGCAUUUGUUGUCUUUGACACUUAGAAUAAAAGGUGGGUUGCAGGUGAAGGUGAAGGAAAGAUAUCCAGGGUCAGUUUCAGCUUCACAAAUUAGUGCAUUGUAUAGCAGCUAGAGAACAGCAACUAUGAGGCAAAUUGCUAUUGAUUUCAACAGGCAACUUUGCUUACUGUAUGCGUUUUUUUUCUAAAUGAAUAUCAUAACUCUAUCUUUGAUAAA